AUGCAUGUCAUCGGGCUGGGAUCCAUCGGACACCUGGUGGCUCAUCACCUCAGAGCAAGAGCUGGACUGACCGUCACGCUGCUCCUCAGAAACACGCCCAGGAAUGCAGCCAUCAAGGCAAGGGCAGGGGACUAUCAGGUCUCGGUGAAGACGGGAGACACGGAGGAACACAGCACAGGCUAUCGUAUUGAAUUGGUGGAUGUUUUGGCUGGUUCAUCUAUAGACACGUUGCUCGUGUGCACCAAAGCAUACGACUGUGCGGCUGCUGUUCGCAGUGUCAUGCAACGGCUCAACGGCCAGUCUCGUGUUCUCCUCAUGAACAACGGCCUUGGUGUCACAGAAGAGCUUGAGUCUCUCUGGAAAACAGACAAGAAACCCAGAAUUUUGGAGGCCAUCCUCACUCACGGUGUCUAUGGCUUGGGCUCGACUGAGCAACAAUCACGAAUCUGCCACGCAGGCAUUGGCGAAGUGACUCUGUCGAGUGACGAUCUCGCAGAACCGCUUGCGUCCCUCAAUACGCGUGUGCUCGAUGCUGUUGCCUUUCGGAAAGCCCAGCUGACCAAGUUUGUGGUCAAUUGCUGCGUCAAUCCGCUGACAGCUAUUCACGGCUGCUACAACGGUCAAGUGACAAGAUAUGCGUCUGCCAUGCAGUUUACAAUGCAAGAGUGCUUGACUGUGCUCGCUUGCGCCUACCCGACGGUUCCCCUUGACGCUGCAACCGUCCAAGCAGCUCUAGAAGUUGUCAUCUCCAAGACUGCAAACAACAGGUCAAGCAUGCUGCAAGACGUGAGUGCAGGCCGUCCAACAGAAGUGGCCUACCUGAAUGAACGCGUCUGUGUCCUUGGGAAUCGCUUCUCAAUCCCGACGCCGACAAAUGCCGGCUUAUGUCAGCAAGUAAGAGCAGUCACGAUUUGUCAAUCUACGCCGCGCUGA